GUGUACCCAGCCAUGGAGUCAACGGAUAAGAACGAUGCUAUAAAGCUCUUUGUGGGGAACCUGGCUUUGGACACCUCUCAGGAGGACCUGACACAGCUCUUUGGGCCAUACGGACAGGUGGUCACCUGUAGUGUACUCAGGCAGUUUGCCUUCAUCCAUCUCCAGGGAGAUGGUGCUGCUGAUCUAGCCAUAAGGGAACUGAAUGGACGGGAGUUCCGUGGCCGCAACCUGGUGGUUGAAGAGUCCCGCGGAAGGCCCAUGCAUUCCACCAAGGUGUUUGUGGGGAACCUCAGUGCCAUGUGUUCUGCCGAGGACCUGCAAGAGCUCUUUCAGACCUUUGGGAAAGUUCUGGAGUGUGAUAAGGUUAAAGGUGAGUCUCUCUCCCCCCCCCCCCCCCCCCAUCCACUUGUCAAAAGAUUUUCAAGCAAAUACUGGUAUUCAAAUUUUACUGGUAGAGGUGUUUUCAUCAAAUUGGUUUGUUGAGGAUACAACGCUGUGUGUAAUGAUAUAGUGCACAUAGAAAGCACUUUGUUCAAUAUCUUAAUUAUGUUGAUGGUUUUGGGACAAAAACUAUUGCGAUAAACAGUAAAUGUGUCCAAUGUGGACUUGGCACGUGCGCUCUAGGCUAUAGCUCGCAGGGUACAUGAGAUUAUGGCUUUUUAUUGGUCAAUUACAGCCUAGCACUGAUCACCUUGUCACCAGCAUCCAAAUUAAGACCGCUUACAUUUAUUGGAAAUAAGCAUCAAGCUCAUCACCGUGCAUGUUCACCACGCUGUGAGGUUCAUCAUAACUUAUUUAAUCUGUUACCUAAUAAACGGUGCAUUUUUUUCCACCUCGUAGUAGGAGUGCAAGUUUACUUCGAUAUGAUGGUUAUUCCAGCAAGAACUGCGCAAAAACAGCAUAUCCACCGCUAUUUAUCGUAUUAUAUUUCACCAUAAAAAAAAAUACUACCCCUGUCUAAUGUGUUUUGUCAACAUUUUGGAAAGUUAAGACAAUUUAGCUGUUUCCAUCAGACCAAUCGUGAGUUUUAUUUAUAUUUUUAUCAGACUGAUGUUUUACUCAUAAAAAUGGUUGGAUGGUAAACAUGGUUAGUAAUUUCAUUAGCUGACUGUCUUGUCAUCCUGUGCUUGAUUACAGCGAGGCUCUCCUCCUCUGCGGGCUAUGCCUUUGUACACAUGGAGCGGAAGGAGGAUGCAGUGCAGGCUAUCGAGGCUCUCCAUGGGACCACCUUCAAAGGCCGACCGCUCUCUGUGGAGCUUUCCAAUGUGCAGCCCAGUAAUCCUACCACAACUACAGCCAAGGCCCCCAUCAUGAGUCACUAUGCCACUGAAAGCCUCUCCAUCAAGCCCCAUAUGGAGCACCACCAGAGUCAGGCUGCUGUACUGGCUGCUGCGGUUGCUGCAGCUGCAGGUCUGCCUCUUCAGGUGCAGCAGAGUUUGCACAACUCUGUCUACAACACAACAAGCUUUGAUCCCACGUAUGCUGCACUAAAGGGCAUGACGGCAGCCAGCGCCACAGAUGGUACCCCAGUGAGCCCUGCUGUCUAUGGUGCCCUCGCCAGCCAGGUGUACGGCUCUGUAGCAGAUCAGGUAUACGACUCUAUAGCGAACCAGGCCUCCAGCUAUCAUAAUUCAGCCACACCGGACGCAGCAGGCUACAGUAACCAGUACGACCCCACAGCUGGAGAGGCACCGUCAGCCCAGGCUGCUGUCAACCCGGCCUACGGUGGGGCAUCGGCCCUCUACAACGCCAGCUCAGCCUAUGGCUCCAUGGGGGGCGCAGAACCCACUGCCCAGGCCAUCUUUGAGGCAGCACGGGCCCGCUUCUUCCAGCAGGGCCAGCAGGUUCUAGCUGAGCAGCAGAUGGGGACUAAGUCAGGGGACAGGGACCGCAGCCCAGUACGCCGCUCCACCCCACUGCUGCCUGACCCCGUGCCCCAGCCCUUCCCCCAGCCACGCCCCAAACGCCGCGCCCUCCUCCCAACGCCACCCGGCCGACCAGAGGACCCCGCUGCUGAUAGAGACCCCAUUGCCAGGUACAUGAUGCAAGUUUGGGGCAGUUUUGAUAUUUUGAAGCAGAUCAAACAUAUUCAACAGCGUAUUUACAAUAUUCUUUCUCAUUUCUCAACUUCAGAUGCUAUGCAGAGUACUAUCAGCAGGUCCAGCAGUACCAACAGUACCAGCAGUACCAACAACAGUACCAGCAGUACCAGUAUGGCUACCCACCUCCAGCCCCGACCCAGAUGCCCCCCACGAUGCCCACCUACCAGAUGCCCAUGCAGGCCCCACCCCCGACCGAGGCCCACAACCUGGCAGCGCCUGCUACCUACGCCCCAGCUAGAGCGUAUGAACCGCCUCCAUCACACAAGGAGCCCCUCCUCCGCCGCCCUGACUACUCCCACAUGCCAGAGCCCCGAUAACCCUUUAGAUUGCAGUGUGUAUGUGAAUGUCUAUGUGAGUGUGUGGGUUCUGAGUGAUGUAUGUGUGACAGUAGUUGUGGUCCAAAAGUGCAUCACUGGAAGUUUGCCCAUUUAUAAUUCCCCUGUUUUGCAGCUUCUCUUUUCUGAACACAAUUCUGACAAGUUCAUUUUUUACUUUAUGGUAGGCCUGGUCUUGCUUUGAUAAGAACGCUGCCCCACAAUGCAGUGAACUGUAUUGUGAAGUCGUUAUGGUUGUAAGGAAGUGUAUGAUUGUAAUGCGUACUGGGGGCUCUGUAAUGACAGCUAUUCCUUACACAUACCCGUCCCAUAAAUUGUAAAAAAUGCGAGAAUAUUCAUCCAUACCAGAGGAGUGCCUUGUUAAAAGCCUAGUUGAAAUAUAUUGUAAAAGAAAUGUGUAUAUAUUUGAGCAAUGAAAGGAAGCGCCCAAAUCGAUCCAUGCAUUUUUUUAUCAGACCGUUCCCCCUGUCCUCGAGGUGACGUUAGCUCAUCCAAAUGAGCCAUUAGUUUGCAUACACGACAUGGUCAAAAGUAUGUGGACACCCUUCAAAUUAGUGGAUUCUGCUAUUUUAGC